AUGGAGCAAUCUGCUGAGAAACGCAAAAAUAUUGGAGCGGAAAAACAUUCGGAGAAGCUCAUUCAACGAUGUAUCGAGUACGUGAGAACCGGAAAGAAAACGCUUUAUACGGCAUGUAAGAUGCUGAAACUUCCACUUUCUACAAUCCGAUACCGGCUGAGCGGCCGCUGGAAAAAUAAAAAUGUAACCGGGCCUCGUUCUGUGUUGUCUGCAGAAGAAGAGCAUAAGAUAGUGCAGUGGCUUAUUGGGAUGCAGCAGCGUGGAUUUCCUGUUUCCCGGAGGACUUUGGUGUUCAAGGUUGCCGAGUUUUUGACGGAGAAUCCAAGAGAAACGCCUUUCAAAAACAACCGCCCUGGAAGAAAAUGGUUCAAGUCGUUCAUGCGCCGCAAUCCUGGUUUAUCUUUGCGAACACCAGAAGCGGUGUCUUCCGCCAGUUCACGAGUAAGCGAGGAAGAUAUUAAAGGAUGGUUCCAGACAACAUCGGAUUGGCUGGAAAAAGAAAAUUUGCUCUUUGUUUUAGAAUAUCCUGAACGGGUCUUCAACGGGGAUGAAACGUCCUUUUAUUUGCAUCCAAAGUCACGAGAAGUGAUAGCCAAAACUGGAUCUCGCAACGUUUACGAGGUUGAACAGGCACCCGGGAGGGGCAUAGGACAGAGCGAGAGGGGUUGGAUGGAUGUCAACAAAUUUCGACAGUACAUUCACAACAUAUUUCAUCCAUAUCUCGUGCAACAUAAUGUGGAACUGCCGGUUGUGUUUUUCGUCGACGGACAUGCAUCCCACACAUCUGUAGAAGUAGCUGAUCUUUGCCAGUCUUUGGGAAUAAUUCUCAUCUCCCUAUACCCGAACACAACACAUAUUACUCAACCAGCCGAUGUUGCAGUAUUUAAACCGUUGAAGGACGAAUGGAGGCGUGAAGUGGAACAGUGGCGAUUUGAGAAUCAAGAAAAUGAUCAAUCAGUCACAUGUACAUUACAAACUACGACAGACUCAAUGGAACUACAUUCAUCGGCUUUUGAAGUUGAUGACCACAGAACAUCACCACUGCCACAAAGUAUGCUACCUACAAAUACUGAAUCGUCCUGUGAAUCAACAACUCUAUUAUUACUAACAGCACAACAUCGCAUUUCCAUAGAUAUAAACAAAAUCGUUCAAGCUGUUGACAUGAUUGGAUCAAGAACGUUAAAAAGAAUUCAGUGAGAU